AUGGAACAAGAAGAUCGACCGUCCAAGAGGGUCAAAUUAUCAGCUAUUGAUCAGCCAGAGCCCACUGAAGCAACCCCGACGACCAUAGCAAAUGGCUUGGCAUCCUUGCACAGAUCCGUCACUCCUCCUCCAUCAUCACGGCCUCGUAGGGAAUCAUCCGUGCCUCAAACCUCUAUUCAACCCGCAGAGUUGACUAGUCGUCGACCGCAGUUGAUUCCAUCUCCUAUCCAGCUCACUCAUAUCCGAGACCUUUCUGCUGCCUCAGGCAACAAUGUCGAUACAGUUCGGUUGAAAGAUAUCCUUGGGGAUCCCAUGAUCCGAGAAUGCUGGCAGUUCAAUUUCCUGUUUGACGUGGACUUUCUGAUGAGUCAGUUCGACGAGGACGUGAGACGCCUGGUGCAGGUCAAGGUUGUCCAUGGAUCAUGGAAAAAGGAGGCUCCGAAUCGGAUUCGGAUUGAGGAAGCAUGCCCUCGAUAUCCGAAUGUUGAGGCGAUAACUGCCUACAUGCCCGAACCGUUUGGCACACAUCAUUCGAAGAUGAUGAUCCUCCUUCGUCAUGACGAUCUUGCGCAGGUUGUCAUUCAUACGGCUAAUAUGAUACCUGGCGACUGGGCAAAUAUGUGCCAGGCCGUCUGGCGGUCUCCCCUUCUCCCGCUGCGAAAGACUGAAAGGGAACCGGAGGGGCCUGGAGCCAUCGGCAGCGGGGCGAGAUUCAAACGGGAUCUCCUCGCCUAUCUAAGCGAAUACGGCGUCAGGAAAACAGGACCGCUGGUCAGACAACUCGAGCGCUUCGACUUCAGCGCAGUUCGCGCCGCUUUGAUCGCAAGCGUCCCUUCUAAGCAGAGGCUCAGCUCUCUGGAUUCGAGGAAAAAGACGCUCUGGGGAUGGCCAGCUUUGAAAGAGGCUACUCAACAGAUACCUCUGACGCCGAAGGGGAAAAGCCAAACUGUGCCGUCGCAUAUUGUCGCCCAGAUCUCAUCGAUAGCUUCACUCGGACAGACAGACAAAUGGCUCAAAGACGUCUUCUUCGCUUCACUUGCACCCACAUCCAUGGCGAGUACCUCCCAACCGAAAUACUCCGUCAUCUUCCCUACUCCCGACGAGAUCCGCCGAUCUCUAAACGGCUAUGGGUCCGGCGGAUCAAUCCACAUGAAACUGCAAAGCGCCACACAGCAGAAACAACUUCAAUACAUGCGGCCAUAUCUGCGCCACUGGGCGGGAGACAGUAAUAGCAACUCGACCAGUAUCCCUCAACGGGAAGCUGGCCGCCGCCGCGCGGCACCCCAUAUUAAAACGUACAUUCGCUUCUCGGACGGAGAGAAGAUGGACACGAUCGACUGGGCGAUGGUGACGUCCGCCAACCUGUCUACUCAGGCGUGGGGAGCAGCCGUCAACAACGUGGGGGAAGUGAGGAUCAGCAGCUGGGAGAUUGGCGUGAUGGUGUGGCCGCAGCUUUUUGUUCAAGGAGAUAAUACCACCGAGCGACCCCAGCAAGCGGUUAUGGUCCCGUGCUUCAAACGCGACAUUCCGCUGCAGCUCCCGGAGGAUAUGCCAGGAUGUGAUGUCCUCGUCGGGCUCCGGAUGCCAUACGAUCUUCCCUUGACCUCGUACAAGACCGACGAAGUCCCUUGGUGCGCUACAGCUGCCCACACCGAACCAGACUGGUUGGGACAGACAUGGGAGGGGUGA